UCAUUCCACAAGGCUAUUCCCCCUUCUGGGCUCCAAAGCAGCUUCCUAGCCCAUUCGGGGGCCAACUGGGAGAACUGUUGGGCUACGGAGUCCGGAUGUGUGAAUUCAGAUAGCAAGAUAUUUGUUGGAGAGAACAUCCAGCUUUAUUAAAAGGAGCAAUUUCCAAAGCCAGCUUUUUUCCAACUGGAAAGAUGCAAAACCGUAACAUCCAUGAAGAUCCUAUCACCUAGGAAGAAUCUGACAUUGUGCUGCGAAUGCGGUGAGGGGAUUUAUUUAUUCUUGGAGUGUUCUGCGUGGCUGGCAAAGAAUAAUGUUCCAAAAUCGGUCCAUCUCCCAAGGGGUCCCAUUUUUCUUCCUGGGUGUCAGCAAGCCCUGACUCACCACAGUGCCUCUGACAGGGGCUGUCAUGCUACUGGCACCCUAAGCAGAAGCAAAGGACCUAAGGACGACCUUUGAACAACACAAAGGAUGGGUUUCAAUGUAAUUAGGCUACUGAGCGGAUCAGCUGUAGCACUGGUAAUAGCCCCUACUGUAUUACUGACAAUGCUUUCUUCUGCUGAACGAGGAUGCCCUAAGGGCUGUAGGUGUGAAGGCAAAAUGGUUUAUUGUGAAUCUCAAAAAUUACAGGAGAUACCCUCAAGUAUAUCUGCUGGUUGUUUAGGUUUGUCCCUCCGAUAUAACAGCCUUCAAAAACUUAAAUAUAAUCAGUUUAAAGGUCUCAACCAGCUCACCUGGCUGUACCUUGACCAUAACCAUAUCAGCAAUAUUGACGAAAAUGCUUUUAAUGGAAUACGCAGACUAAAAGAGUUGAUUCUGAGUUCCAAUAGAAUCUCCUAUUUUCUUAACAAUACCUUCAGACCUGUGACAAAUUUACGGAACUUGGAUCUAUCCUAUAAUCAGCUGCACUCUCUGGGAUCUGAACAGUUUCGGGGCUUGAGAAAGCUGCUGAGUUUACACUUGCGGUCUAAUUCCCUGAGAACCAUUCCUGUGAGAAUUUUCCAAGACUGUCGCAACCUGGAACUACUGGACCUGGGAUAUAACCGCAUCCGAAGUUUAGCCAGGAAUGUCUUCGCUGGUAUGAUCAGGCUCAAAGAACUUCACCUGGAGCACAAUCAGUUUUCCAAGCUCAACCUGGCUCUGUUCCCAAGACUGGUCAGCCUGCAGAACCUUUAUUUACAGUGGAAUAAAAUCAGCGUGAUCGGACAGACCAUGUCCUGGACCUGGAGCUCAUUACAAAGGCUCGAUUUAUCCGGCAAUGAAAUAGAAGCUUUCAGUGGACCCAGUGUUUUCCAGUGUGUCCCCAAUCUACAGCGCCUCAACCUGGAUUCCAACAAGCUGACGUUCAUUGGUCAAGAAAUCUUGGACUCCUGGAUAUCCCUCAAUGACAUCAGUCUGGCAGGAAAUAUAUGGGAAUGCAGCAGAAACAUUUGCUCCCUGGUAAACUGGCUGAAAAGUUUUAAAGGGCUGAGGGAAAACACGAUCAUCUGUGCCAGCCCCAAAGAACUGCAAGGAAUCAACGUGAUCGAUGCCGUGAAAAACUACAGCAUCUGUGGCAAAAGUACCACGGAGAGGUUCGAGCUAGCAAGGACUCUCCCGAAGCCUACGUUCAAACCCAAACUCCCCAGGCCCAAGCAUGAGAGCAAGCCCCCCCUCGCCCCUACGGUCGCAGCCACGGAGCCGAGCUCGGAAAUGGAUCAUGAUCCGGAGCGUAUCUCUUUUCACAAAAUCAUAGCUGGGAGCGUGGCCCUUUUCUUGUCUGUGCUUGUGAUCCUGCUGGUGAUCUACGUGUCAUGGAAGCGUUACCCUGCGAGCAUGAAGCAGCUGCAGCAGCGCUCCCUCAUGAGAAGGCACAGGAAAAAGAAAAGGCAGUCACUGAAGCAAAUGACUCCCAGCACCCAGGAAUUUUAUGUAGAUUAUAAACCCACCAACACUGAAACCAGCGAGAUGUUGCUGAAUGGGACGGGACCCUGCUCGUAUAGCAAAUCAGGCUCCAGGGAAUGCGAGAUACCUUUAUCCAUGAACGUGUCAACCUUUCUUGCAUAUGACCAACCCACAAUAAGUUAUUGUGGGGUGCAUCAUGAACUUCUCUCGCAUAAGCCCUUUGAAUCAAAUGCACAGGAAGAGACGAUGGAAACACACCUAGAGACUGAUCUGAAUCUGAGCACAAUAACAACAUCAGCCCGAAUCAGUGAGCUUAAUCAGCAGAUGGCUUCAUUGACCUAAAUAACAGGAGAGGGUUGCCACCAAACUCUGUGUAACCCGAUGGACCCAAUGAGGAAGACUUUGUCUCGUGUGGAUUCUAAAAUGUCCUGUUCUAAUAAAAUGAAAAAGAACCAAGAGUGGUACAUGAAAUAAAGAAGACGUGAAUUGUU